UCCCUUACCCGACCCGUAACUAUCUGAGGUCCAAUCGUUGCACCCCUCUGAGCAAGAGGAGGAGAUAGGGCAAUUGUGAUCGAUGCAGUUGCUUCUCAUCGAACAACUAGGGUUGGGUUUCGAUUCGCACUUUCUAAUCACAUUCAAUCGGGAUGGAGAACACUGACGUUGAAAUGGUAAUCACCAUUCCUGAUACUCCAGAUAGACCGGUACGACGUCGAGAGGUUAAUAGAAGACCACAUUCUCCAGAAGCACUGAGAUAUCCAAGAGAAGAGUACCGUAAUUAUCUUAACGGUAGAACUAGAUCAUCCCCUGAAAUUGCGGAAAACCGUGGAUCUUCUGAUACACCAACUGAGAAUGGACAUCGCUCGCGCUCUUUGUUUAGGAGAGCAGCGGUUGACAAGGAUAAAGGAAAAUCCAUCUCCACAGAUCCACGCGGGGCUCGUGUUGAGAAAAAUCCGGUUUUAAAUUUGAAUCAUCAUAAUGGACAUGCUCAUGUUGCUGCAUCGAGAUACUUACCAUCUGAAGGUAUAAGAGAAUUGCACACAAGUAGUGGUUCUUCUCCUUCACGAAGUGAUCUUGUACUGCCCGGGAUCAGUAAUAAGGGCAAAGAAAAAACAGAUUGUGGAUCUGUUUCUAAUAGAGAAACAAUUGACCUUUCCAGUGACAGACAACAGAACAGAGGCACUAAAAGAUUGGUAAGACAUGGCUGCAUAUCCCCACAUGGAAUAGCAGCUAGAGCAAGACAAGCUGCUGAUACCAUUUCCAAGGAAACAGUUAGUGUUGAACAGGAGCUAGCUCCUGAACCUGCGUCUUUGAUUGGUAUUAGACAGAUUGUUUCUGGAAACGAUAUUCAUGGAAGAGCUAGAGGCAAAAGACCAGAAAGUUCGCACACCAGGGUGGCGAGUAGAGAUGGCUUGGAGGGGUGGGUUACUACGGGUAACCGGAAAUCAAAUAUGGACCAUGAAAUGAAUCAGAGGGAUGAGAGUGACACACGUGGAAUUUGUAGUUCUGUUUCCAGACUUGAUGUGCAUGAAACGGGUGUAGUGGAAAGAGAAUCUAGACAACAACGACGGCGGAAAAAUGGAUUUGCUACUUCAAGGGCUUCAAAUGAGCCAGAAGUUACUGUUACUAGAUCUUCUGGGGAACCAUCUAGUUCAAGGCCACCACGAAUUCAGAACCAUCAAAGAUACAGCACCCAAGUGUUGGAAAUUGAAGAUUCUUCUCCUGAAGUACGGGUCUUCCAGGGUCCUAGACAUAUUGACAACGCUGUAUCUGAUGUGAAUGUAAGACAAAUAGAAGCAGAUGAGAUUUUGGCCCGUGAAUUGCAAGAACAGCUCUACCAAGAAGAGAUGUUGAUCAGAUCCGAGCAGAUCGAUUUAAACAUAGCCAGGUUGCUGGAACAAGAAGAGAUUCCUCUCCGUGCUUCUUCAAGUCGUUCUUCUACUCGUAAUACUCGGAACUCUGAUGCUAUUGCAGCAAGCCCAGGUGGGAGAAGUCGCCUGGAAGCACGACUACAACAACAGUCUUCAAGGAGGCGACUGAAUCCUCCACAGGCUCGUGCUCGUGCUCCUGUUAGAGCACCACCACGGGGUCGAGGUCAUCGAUUAGGUCGUGCAUCUGGUUUUCUAGAUAGAGCUUUGAAUCUCGGUUUUUCAAAUGAUAUGAGCUUUGAUGCGAGAAUAGAUUUUCUAGAGGGACUAGAGAAUGCCAUUGAACACUCAUUCAACAAUCGCAAUCUUCUUCACAUGGAUCGUGACUUUACCGAAGAUGAUUACGAAAUGCUGCUAGCUCUUGAUGAAAACAACCAUCGACAUGGUGGUGCUUCUACUCAACGCAUUAACAACUUACCAGAGUCUACAGUUCAGACUGAUAAGUUUGAAGAAACUUGUGUUAUUUGUCUUGAAACACCGACGAUCGGAGACACCAUACGUCAUCUUCCUUGUUUGCACAAAUUCCAUAAAGAUUGUAUUGAUCCGUGGCUAGGACGGAGUAAAGCAUGCCCGGUUUGCAAAUCCUCGGUUACUUGAUAAGGCUUUCAAAAACGCAACGGAGAAUGUUACAAAUUUAUCAUUUCACCCUUCCAAGCAGGUGGAUCCUCUGGAAUCGUCUUCCUGGUAAGCCAAACAACAUUCUUCGCCAUCGAAUUUGAAACUCAUGAAACCGUUUUUACUACCGUUUACGCGGGAGGAAGUAACUUUGUAUCUCUCUGUGAUUAUUUAUUUAGUUGGGUUUAAAUUUUUCUAGCUAAAAACUUUUUCGUAGAUUAAGUAGUCGGUUUUAAUAUCAUCACUUUAGUUUUUUGGUC